AUUUUCACGAUGCCCUCGGCUAGCUUACUAGUAUAGAGCACUGGCAUGAUUUGCCGUGUUCAAAUGGGUUCUAACUAAAGGAGGGUUUUUCAGGGUUUUUCCUGAUGAAAAUUCAGCCCUGACUCGGAGCGCUGAACGGUACUAGGUAUAUUUGACACGAACACUAGAUCGUUACACACCACAACAUCCCCCACUCGCUCACCCAUCCCUCAAAUAUGACCGUAGUCUCGAAUGGUCCCAGUUUGUGGCCAGUAAUCAAUUCGAAUGUUCUUUUCAGCUAUUGGAUAGUUGCUGCCGGCGUCGUGGUGGUAUACGAUUGGGUAUUAACACUCGGACGAGAGAUUGAACUGAUCUGGAAGCAACGCAGGUCUCUCAUGACUGUGCUGUAUUUGGUUAUACGUUAUAUUGGAAUAAUAUUUUCCGUCACCAAUAUCCUGGCAUUUGCGCCAUUUAUCUCGCUGACAGAUGCAGUGAGCAACAUUUUGUACUGCGUAAUAAAUGUGAUAAGUACGGUCGUGACUGCCAUGUUGGGCGUCAUUAUGAUUGCUCGAUUGCAUACCAUGUAUGGGAGAUCUAGAAUGAUCCUGUCAAUCCUUGUUGUUAUCUUCCUGGCUGUCAACAUCGCCUGCGGAGUAAUGGCGGCACUAGGGCUCAAGGAUACUGCAGUGGAGGAGCUGAUAAUCUCUGGCACAUAUAUGUGCCAUCUUACACUUGAGGGGAAUGCCUGGUUUCUGAACUCAAUGUCGUGGAUGCUCUACACUAUUUGGGAGGUCAUCGCACUGUGUCUUUCAGUCUGGACUGCUGUGAAACACUUCCACGACCUGCGACGACUCGGUCCAUCGACAGGAUCGACUAUCGGGGACUGUUUCAGAGUGCUGAUGCAAUCUCAUGUUCUUUAUUUUGCGAGAGCUCAUGAAUCAAAGUUCUUUUGGAACUCAGAUACUUCUUGGUGCUCUUCCGAUUUUAUUGGUUGUGCAAAUGUUUGUGCUGGGACCACGCCUCAUCCUUAGCGUUCGAGAAUAUCAUGCCAAAAUCGUGGCUGACUUCAAUGCAGAAAUUAGUAUAACUUCGAUUGUCUUACAGGAGCGUGUACAUGUACCGACUAGCAGUACUUUGUGGUACCACGUCAUAUUCAAGGAGACUUAGUCUCGCCGAAUCUAAUAUUUUCGCCUUCGGCAUCAGCUUAUCGACAACGU